AUGUCAAACCAAGACAAGAAAGAGACGGACAUAGCUGCCGAGCUACUCAAGGACGUCCACGGCGACAACAAGCGUCUUGUGAACUCACUGCUCCGCAGGACGGAGCCUGAGUUGCCUUCUCCCAUGCCCGAUGGCAGCGAGAAGUCAGUCAAGACGCUUCUCACGAACAUGAAGAAGCAAGCCGAUCUCGACAAGGCGGGUAACCCCGGUGUCUUCGACGCUCUUGAGACACCUAAGCCUGGAUCGGCUAAGGACCGCGAGCUGGACGACGAUCUCGUCGCCAUGGGCAUUACCAACACGAAGAAGGUGAGCAAGACCUCCACCAAGAGCAAUCAAAAGAAGGGGGACAACAAGAAGGCAAAGAAGAGCAGCAAAGCAUCCACCAGCAUGACGGCAGUUGUCCAGGCCCAGUCUACCACGGCAGCAGCUCCCCAGGUCGAGGGCACGAGGAAGAGUGCCCGGCUGGCAGGUACGGCUCUUGCCGCACCAGGCCGCUUCACGAUAUAUGAGGGCGACGAUGACCAGGACUUCGAGGUCAGCUCGCCGGCUGAGUGCCCUAACUCCCCAAACACCGAGGACGAUGAGAUGCAAGACGCUGUAGGCAUCGACAGCAUCCCUACGCCAAGCGACGCCUUCUACCCGCCGGCACGCGGAAUCAUCGUGCCAUCGGUUGUCUACCCUACCAGCAACAUCAGGGACACGCCUAUCCAUGGCGCCCUCGUCCAUCGUCUCCGGCAGAACUCUGCCAUCCACCCUCCAACCGAAGAGCAGCAGGCCGAUGCCGAGCAGCGCAUCAUCGAGACCGCGCUGGACCGCCACCCACCUUGGGAUGUUGCCAAGAAGGCACGCAAGGCGCAGGAUGUCGAGUACGAAGACAUCCACACGCUCUUCUCCCGCAUGAGACUCGCGGUGCAGCGCACCAACAGCUUCGAGGCGACGGUGCGCCAAAACUUCGCACUGGGCAACUGCGGUUUCGUCGCGGAAAUUGACGAUGAACAUGAUGACAUUGACGUUGUCCUUACGAAGGCGUACCUCCAGCGCAUGGAGGAAGUCAUGGCGCAGUUCCUUGAGGAAAACCCGCCGAAGGGGUCGAAGGAGGAGAAAGCCAUGAGGGCCAAGAAGAACCGGGAGACGCGCAGCAGGAGGAAGGCCGAGGCAGACGCGCGAGAGAAGGAAGCGCUGGAGGCAGAGCUGCUGGAGAUCGGCGGCAGGAUGACUCGCACGCAGAAGAGGAUGCUCGAAGAGGUCCUCACGGAUUCAACGCCAGCGCAGCAGAGCCCUCAGACAGAGUCGGACCAGCAAGCCGAAGCCCAGGAGGAAGCUCCUCGCUACUACGAGCUUUCGGAACCGCUCCGGUCUAUGGUCUGGAGCCGCUACCGGGAUUCGCUGCCUGCUCCGGAACCCAGCACUCCUCCGAAGGAGGCGGAGAGCUCGAUGAGGAUUGUGAAGACUCCCUUCAGCCGGUUCAUUGGUCGGUACAUGGAGAGACUCCGGCUGAGCAGCAAUUCCGGACCCAGCGCGAGCGGCCAGGUUGGAAUCGAGAGGAGCAUCGAGAACGUUGCGCCGGCGGUUUCCCGCGAAGAGGCCCUUGCCAAGCCUAAGAGCGAGGCCUCUAUCACUAACACCAGCGAUGAAGAGACGCUUGUCCCGAAAACACCCCGCGCACAGCUUCCGUACACACCAUCGCUGGAGGAAAUGGAGGCCAUGUUGCCUCAGCGCCCCACCGUGUCGCCUCUCACACCCGCCCCUGCUUCGAGCCGUCGCCGUGCUCGGAGAAUUUCUGAUUCGUCAGCCUCAGACACUGCGUCUGGACCUGCUAGCAAGAGGACCAAGCUGCGAGUCAGGAAAGCGAAGUCGCCUACGCCGCUGGCCAGCCAGCAAGAAGCUGUCGCUCCCUCCCAGGAGAUCAUCGUCUUGAGUGAUGACGAUGAAGAGUCCGAGCUCUCCGACGACAUGUCGGAUCUCACCAUCAAGACGCCUGCGAAGCCGCCAGGUGAAGAGGUCGGGUUCAAGCUGCCAAAGAUCCUCACCCAGAGUGAGACGAUCCAGAGGAUCAUGGGUCGCAACCUGGGCAGGGUCACCACCAACGCCAGCAACGCGCGUCCGCAGCGCAGCACUGUCCUCGUUUCCUCAGCCACCACGCAGCCAGCGACAAGCAGCUAUGACGACAACGCCGAUUACUCCUCGCCGCCGUCGCGCUUCACCACGCCCACGCCGAGCAACCCUUGCGGACAUGCUCAGCAGACCGGAUCUGGCGUGGACGCGUCCCCGGCCUCCUCCUCCACCCCCGGCGUCACCAUCAUCGCCCCGGAUGCUGGCAGCAGCCAAGGCUCGGAUUGGUUUGGCUACAGGCAGCAGUUCCAAGAUGGUGAGGACUCCGACGGCGACUCCCGCAUUUACAACGAGGACGACCCGACCGAGGAUGAGGAUGAGGGGAAUUGCGACGACAACGAAGAGGACUACGGCUAUGAGGAUGCGUACGCUCGCUUUGAUGACGAUGCGCUGACUCCUGGUCCUGUCCAGAUCCUCAGCGACCGUCGCACACCCUCUGAGACAGGCAGUGUCGAAGUGAGGACGCCGAGACAGCCGAAGCGUAACAAGGGCAAGGAACGCAUGAGGGACGACAUCUUGGUCGUUGAAGACGACGAGGGCAACGAGAUUCACCUCGACCCCAGCAACUUCGGCAACUUCGAGAGAGAGCGUGCCCGCAUGGGAGCAGCCGACACUCGUAAAAUCCACAACGUGUGGACCCUUUGCGAAGAGAUGGGUGUCGCGGAUCUCAUGAACCACGGUAUCGAGGACGAGGAUGAGCUGACGGACCUGUACAACCAAGAGUGGCCUGGAAGGCGCAUUGGGCUGGAGACGGCCGAUGGACAGGUCUGGGUCACUUUGAAGCCCAGGAAGCUCCACGAGGUCCGUCAAAUGAUGACGCAGCUGGAGGUUGACAUGGACGCGAGGUCGUCUGGGCGCUCUUCGAGUGCCGAAUACUAG